AUAAAUCAUCAUUCCUGUUCAGUGCUUCGAUCUGAAAGCAACACAAAACAAUUUUACAAAAUUCUUCAAAUUUGAAUCUCAUAUUAAAAUUAUUUGAUUUUUCCAUUAUUUCGAAGUUUUUCCCAAAAAGUCGUCGACUAUUUUUCAGCUUUCAUAUAACGAGCUUUUGACUUAAGUAUACAAAAUGGGUGAUGACGCCGCCCCCACCCCCGCUCCCGGCGCUCCAGCACCAGCACCAGCACCAGCACCAGCACCGGCACCAGCAGCACCUGUUGCAACCACAGCUGGAGUGGACAUUCUACAGAGCAAUUAUUGGCUUACAGCAGGUGCAGUCAUCUUGUAUUCGGCAAGGGCUUUGUAUGUGAAAUUCCGCAAUAUGAGCCUGGGCAAGAUGAGUAUAGACAAGGGCGAGGAAUUAGCUCCGAUAGAUGAAUAGUUAACAAGAGGAUGGGAAAACUAAUAAAGAGACACACGGAAAGGAUGAGGACACUAAAACAAUGUUCCGUAGCGUUGAUUUGCAUGAAAUGUUAAAUUUAAUUAGUUCGAAAAUUAAUUCUGCUCCGAUAUCAAGUGGAAUUUGGCUCAAAUGAGAAAUAAAAAUUACCGUUAAUGGAAAA